AUGGAGAACUUCCUGAGGCUGCUUAGGGAGCAUGGGGACGCUCCCCCUCCCCCACCAGAGCUGGUGACCCUUGCGGGCAAGCUGUGUCGGGACUUCCAACACAACCCUGUUCAGGUGCUCCAUCUGGUUAAAGCCAUUCUGGACAGCCAGCAUCGUUGGGAUCUACUAAACAAUGUAGACGUGGCCCUGGUGUGUACUCAGGUCCUGAUCCAUCAAGAGCAGUGGCUUUUAGCCCUCCAAAUUCUACAGGGGUGUCGGGUGCCAGGAGGCAGCCAGGAGCUGGUACGACUCUGGAAUGACAUCCACUACCACCUGACUAUGAGGAGGCUGUGUGUCUCCAAGCUGAGCCCAGGACAGAAGUUUCGCUGUAGGAAGAGGAACCCACCACCCUCUACCCUCUGCCCCGAGGGCCCUAAGAACCGGAACUUCCUCCCAGAGGUUCAGUGUCAUCUGCAAGACUUUGCCACAGGUGUGGGUGCUUAUCCCAAGAAGGCCCAGUUGGAGAAAUUGGCUUCGGAGACUGGCUUGACUCCUGAGCAGGUGUACAACUGGUUUGCCAAUUAUCGUCGACGUCAGAAGGCUCUUCUCCUGCACAUGCAAAGAGCCCAGGAGACCACAUCAGAAGUCUCCAGUGCAAAGGAGAGUGGUCCUGAGCCGGUGCAGCUCUCAGGAUACCUUUCACGAGUCUGUGGCUGUGUCCCAGUGGUCAGUCUGCGGAGCUGCUCUCAGCUGGGCAGGAGGCAGACACUAAUGCACUCCUCUCUGUUCUGCUUUGCAGCCAGAUCUGAAGGAAGUGGGACUCUACAGCCCUCUGAGACCCCUCAAGGAUCUCAGGGCUCACAGCCCCCAGCUGUGAGCUUUUCUGGAGACAACACCACCUCACAGGCACUGGCUUUCAGCCUCUGCCCUCCGGCUACUGGCAGCAGCAUGCUUGAUUCCUCUAUGGCUUCCCAUGAUUUUUGGAUGAUGCCCUUUACACUUUCAUCCUCUGAGGAACAUUUCCUCUCAAUGGAGCAACUGGGCCUUACACACCAGCUGGACUCUGGGAUGGAUCCUGAACCUGUCCCAUUAGCCCUGGACAUUGCUGCCCUCACGGUUCCCAGCCAUACAGGAUCUACUGGCUUGUGUGGUAGUCACUCUCAGAGCUUAUGCCCAGAGGCGAGUCCAGGAACAAGAAGUGGGCAGGCAGCUUCCACUGCAGGCUGUAAAAUUCGUCAUCCCCAUAGGUGCAAUGGCCUGGUGGCCAGGCCUCAUGGAAUGCUUUCUGGAGAGCCACGACGCUCCUUGAGUUUUCUGAGGGCAGCAUGGGUCACAAGCCCAUGUGGAGAUCAGAUCAGCACAUGGAAUGAGCAAGUGUGGAUUGUGCACCUGUCCCACAUUGGUUUCAGAAACUCACCCCGAAUAAAAAUUGAUGCUCCAAGAAAUUCCCAAAGUGUUGGCUAG